CGAGUCUUUGCUCCCUCUUCGAUCUACAUCGUUCUCGAGUCGCGCUCCUCUCCGGUGACCUCACCGCCUUCUGGCCGCCGUUAAUCUCGUAAAAAUUUCCAUGGUUUCGAGGGUUUCGCCGUUGAUUUCCUCUCUCGAUCACCGAAACCCUGGAAGCCCUAGAAGAAGAUACCACGGUUUCCCCAAUUCUAAUCCCUAACUAAUCUCUAGAUUUCUGAGUUUCCUAAUUUUAGGUAGGAUUAGCUUAGAUCGCCGGCGAUGGAAUCUCUGAGGCGAAAGCGAAAGGGGGUAAAGGCUUCGGCUGCGAUCGGAUCGCACUUGUCGGAUAACGGCGAUCAUGGGAGAAAGAGCAAGAAGAAGUGCAAGUUGGAGUCUUGCGAUGAUAAACGCGGGAUCUUGAUGACGGCGCCGCCGUCGACGUCGUCGUCGCCGCUGUCGCCGAACCGCGGCCACAAGAGAAAGCUUGGGUGCAUUGAUUCGUCGACGCAGAUCAGGCGGAAGAAGAAAAUUGAGAAUGAGUAUGUUCUUGGGGCUUCGAUCGGGCAGGGGAAGUUUGGGUCGGUUAGAUUGUGUAGAAGUAAAGUGACUGGUAAAGAGUUUGCGGUGAAGAGUUUGAAGAAGAACGGGGAGGAGUCUGUACAUAGAGAAGUUGAGAUAAUGCAGCAUCUUUCGGGGCACCCGAAUGUAGUUAUGCUGAGAUCGGUGUUUGAGGAUUCGGAGAAUUUUCAUCUGGUGAUGGAGCUGUGUAAAGAGGGUCGGUUGUUGGAUAAAAUGAAAGAAGGGAGGUUCUCAGAGCAGAGAGCUGCGUGUUUGGUGAAGGAUUUGGUGGGGGUUAUAAAGUACUGCCAUGAGAUGGGUGUGGUGCAUAGGGAUAUAAAGCCUGAGAAUAUCUUGAUGAUGGCAGAUGGGGCGAUUAAGCUUGCCGAUUUUGGAUUGGCUGUGAGGCUUGCCAGUGGUCAGAAACUUUCUGGCAUUGCUGGGAGCCCAGCCUAUGUUGCUCCGGAAGUCUUAACAGGCCAUUAUUCAGAGAAAGUUGAUAUCUGGGGUGCUGGUGUCCUUCUCCAUGCUCUAUUAGUCGGUGUUCUUCCAUUUCAAGGUGACUCAUUGGAAGCCGUCUUUGAAGCAAUUAAAACAGUUGAACUCGACUUUCAUAGUGGCUUGUGGGAGCCUAUAUCUGACCUCGCACGAGAUCUCAUUGGUCGGAUGCUUACUCGCGAUGUCUCCAAAAGAAUAACUCCUGAUGAAAUCCUAAGACAUCCAUGGAUUCUUCUCUACACAGAGAGCAAAUCUAAGGCACUUCCUAGCAAAUCCAAGACGAGAAGCAGUGCAAUAGUGCAGAGGCUAAACUUUGCAGCACUUUCAAUAACCAAGAGCUCAUCUUCGUCAUCAUCUUCUUCAUUUGGAAGUUCGGGUGAUAAGUCUGAGGAGCAGGAUGAGUAUGGAUUCGUCGAUGCGCUUGCAGCAGCAAUAUCACGUGUACAAAUAUCCGAACCAAAGAGGAGUCGGCUUUGUCUCCAGCUAACCGGUACAGCAGGAAUGGCUCAUCUACAUGAAGGCCAACCUCUGUACAGCUUUUUGACUCAAAAUCUGACCUGGUGUAAAGCAAGUAUUUCAGACGAGUCCAUUGACAUCUCCAGUAACAAGCGCUGCAGAUGGUGGUUAAUAAUUCUUGUUGCGCCCAAGGGGAGCUGAUUAGUGCAUUGUAUGCUGUGUUAUAAGUAAUAACAUAACUUAGUCACCUUUCCUGUUUGUAAAUUUUUGUACAUAGCAGGAUCUACUUCGAAGACUAAUGACACCGAGGUUCCCCAUGCUUGCUUCAUUGCUGGAA